UUUCCGGUUUUCUUGCCGUGAGAAGGUGGUCCUCCUCCCUGGGGUGAAAAACACCGUCCAGAUUCAGGAGUGCGACUAGACAACUGUGGGAAGUUUCUCAACACUUUCAGACGCUUACUAAACAAACUACCAGAACCUGGCGUUAGGCUGAUGAAUUGCCAUCGAGGUUGGCGGCGGAUUUUUUGCGGUGUUUGAGUCGGGAACUGAAGUUGGGAAAGUGUGGGGUGAAAAUGGAGAGCCCAGCUGAGUGAGAGUGAGGCAGAGUGGGGUGAGGAGGCUGGAUUUGGCAGGAGCUGCUGCUAACAGGCUAAUUAGCUUGGUCACACUCUUCUCCGCGUCACUCCUUCACAGCCAACAAUUCUCCCUGGGGGCCGAUGCUGUUUAAUGAAGACUGUUGCUGACUCUGAAGCUUCUCCUAAUGGAUCAAAGGACAGUCGAUGGCUGCAUUUUCCCUGGAAGUUCUGCAUGAGUCCUGAGGAUAACUUUUUCGGAGAGGCUUCCUGUCCCCGGCAAACACCUCAUUCAUCGAAUCGAUUGUUCUGUGCUGUUGGCUUCUGUAGGGUUUGUACUAAUGCAGUCUUGUUUAAUGGGAGCCUGGUAGGUUCCUGAAAGGCUUUUGGGUUUUCUUGGACAGCCAAGAGAGCUGCGCCAAAAAAAGAACAGCACAAAGAACAACAACAAGUAAUCCUGACUGAAUACACUCAUUUAUGGGCUGUAUUGAGGUGUCGUAUUCAUGAAACGCAGCUGCUGAGGCCAGCUCACCUGGACUUGGAUGGGAGUGAUCAGCCUCAUUUAUGAACGUCGGUUUGAGCUUGGGUAGAGCCUGGAUGUCAUUGGCCUGUUGAAUCAGCUGUUGCGGUGAUGAGGCAGGACUCCUGGUGGCCUGUGUGGCUGGCUGGGCAGCGGCCCGAGGUGAUGUGAUGGGGUGCCGGAACAGCAAGGUCCUCCCUGAGCCUCCAGGGGAUGUUCAGUUGGAUCUGGUCAAAAAGGUUGAUCCUCAGCCUCCUCAGACGGAUAUUUAUAAGCACUUCAUACGAGGGGAUGGCACUGGAAGCAAGACUGGCGAGGCUGGAGGCGUGGCAACUGAAAAGCCUGACCACUCUUGCGCAUAUCAAUGCCAAGCACAGGCUGCCACUCCCACUUCCGCUUCAGCUCUGAUUCCUAAACUGUCGCACUCUCACCGAAAGAAGGUGGCGAAGUACCGAGCCAAGUUUGACCCCCGAGUCACGGCUAAGUAUGAGAUAAAAGCCCUCAUAGGUCGUGGGAGUUUCAGCCGAGUUGUCCGGGUGGAGCACAAGAGCACGCGGCAGCCGUACGCCAUCAAGAUGAUCGAGACCCGUUACCGCGAGGGCAGGGAGGUGUGUGAGUCAGAGCUGUGUGUCCUGCGUCGGGUUCGUCACACCAACAUAAUCCAGCUGAUGGAGGUGUUUGAGACGGCAGAGCGUGUCUACAUGGUCAUGGAGUUGGCCACAGGAGGGGAGCUCUUUGACCGCAUCAUUACUCGCGGUUCCUUCACAGAGCGAGACGCCACCCGGGUGCUGCAGAUGGUGCUGGACGGCGUCAAGUAUCUCCACGCUUUGGGGAUCACUCAUCGGGACCUGAAGCCAGAGAAUUUGCUGUACUACCACCCCGGAGCCGACUCGAAGAUCAUCAUCACCGACCUCGGUUUGGCUAGCAGCCGGAAGAAAGGAGACGAGUGUCUGAUGAAGACCACCUGCGGCACACCGGAGUACAUCGCCCCAGAGAUCCUAGUUAGGAAGCCCUACACAAAUGCCGUGGACAUGUGGGCAUUGGGGGUAAUAUCGUACAUCCUGCUGAGCGGAACCAUGCCCUUCGAGGACGAUAACCGCAUGAGGCUCUACCGGCAGAUUCUGAAGGGGAAGUAUAGCUUUUCUGGAGAGCCGUGGCCCAGCGUGUCCAACCUGGCCAAAGACUUUGUCGAGCGGAUUCUGACAGUGGACCCCAGCGAGCGGCUGACGGCAGGCCACGCCCUCAAGCAUCCCUGGAUCGUCAGCAUGGCGGCGGCCUCCUCUAUGAAGAACCUGCAGCGCUGCAUAUCUCAGAACCUCUUGAAACGCGCCUCGUCGCGCUGCCAUAGCACGAAGUCAGCCCAGUCCACGCGCUCCCGCCGCUCCACCAAAUCCAACAAAGCUCUCAGGGUGCGAGAGAAGGAGCUGCGCGAGCUGAACCGUCGCUAUCAGCAGGAGUAUAACGGCUGAAAGCUCUGCUGCGGCCCUUUGACUCACAAACGUUUGGUCUCAGAAAUGACUGAAAGAACAUUCCCAAUCGUAAAAAGCCAAAAACACCUGAAAGGUGGUGCUUUGCUACAAACAUUCCUACCAGUUCAAUGUGCUGAAACAAGAAGUGAAGACUAUAAAUCGAAAAACUGAAGAUGCAGGUUGGAUCAUUUGGUUGUUUCUUCUUCACCUGUGUCACUAUUUAUUUAUUAUUGUGACAAUAAAUCUCCAUUCAAACGGUCGCUGGGUAAUGACCUUCCAAAUGGAUGUGUUGAACAGAGUUCUGGACAUUGAUGUUUCUAGGAAGCAAUGGGGUGAUUCUCACGAACAUGGUCCAACUCGUAGCAAAAAUUAAAAAACAUUAUAUACACACAAAAACACUCACUCUUUAUAAAAUGGAUACUAAUUUUACUUUUCACUGUAAAUGUAUAAUCUAUAUGCACAUUUUCUAGGUAUUUUUAAACAUUUUAUUCUAACUUUGAGCAAAUAAAUUCAUUACCGUAACACAAUUUCCAUGAAGAAAUUUGAAACCACAAAACCUUUUUUUUCCACAUUUUUUGGACACCAAGGACUUCAGUGUGCACAGAGAGACGGAUAUAAACAAAAAUAGGGCAUUUCUAGCAAAAUGUUUUAUUUUACUGCAAAAAAUAAUUUCAUCACCUUAACAGUGAUGCAAAUUUCAAAGUUAAUUUGGAUUGUGAUUUUGUAUCAAAUCAUUACAUUGAAAAAAACAAUGUAACCAUCGUAUAAAGGGUCUGGCACAUUUCAUCAAGGGAUUAAAAUAUAAAAGUAAUUCAUAGAACUAAUCUAAAUAAAUCCUCAUAAAGUUAACAUAGCAGUAAUGAAAAAACAUGUCGGUAAUGAAUAGCAAUGUUUCGGUAGUGAACCCUUCAUAACUAUUAAUAUUGAACUACACAAACAAUAAAGUACCCUAGUAAAACAUACAUUUGCAAAUUUUAUUUAAGUUUAUUAAGUCGACAUUCACAAACUGAACAGAAAAAUAGUCCCAUAUUUGCGUCACAGUGCUUACAGUAACAGCUAUAAGGACUAGGAAGUGAAUCAGAAGUGUCUUGCUGAUGAACAGGUAGGCAGUGGUUCAGAAAUAGUACAAACUGAAGUAAUAUUCAUUUAAAAUAAAUGGGCAACAUUACAAUAGUGCUAUAUUAAAAUUUUUCAUAUUUGUGAAUUUGUUUGAAGCAAAACAAAUUCACAAAAGACAAUGGGAAACAAUGAGUUUGAUUUAGGGUAAAUGCAAAAGCAAACGAGGCACAGGGAGAUGAUAGGUCAUCAGAAGAAAGGCACAGAGAGAAAAGAUAUCGAACUAUAUUCAAAAUAACAGGAGACACAAAUGGGAAAUGACUGAAUUAAUGUAUUUUUUCAACUUUGUGCUAGCAAAUUUCUAGUGAUACAACACUGUGUGAAAAAGAAGAAUACAAAACCCCACUCAGAUAAACAGGAAACAAUGCUAGUACACAAGAAAUCACAUAUUUCAUAAGUUUUUUUUAAUCCUUCUCAUUAACACUGGUAAAUGACAAUGUAAGAGGGCCAUUGUAGAUAGGAAAAAAGAGUAAAUUUCUGCCAGAAAAUGUAAUUUUAUUUUUAAAUGUCAGAAUCUUUCUGAGUUUUGAGUUCAAGAAGUCAAACAAUUUACUACAAAAACCCAUGAAAUUUUGAGAUUAAAAUCAGAAAGUUUUGAGAAACAAAUGUGGAACUUUCUGAGUUUCAAAAGUUACAAAUUUACUUGUAUAUUCUACAAAAUUUGAGAUUUUUUGGUGGAAAUUUUUUCCAUCCUUUGUUUCUAUCUACUGUACAGCUGCCUUAAUAUGCCAAUGUAGCUAAUAAUUCAUUGGACUUUCUUUUUGAACGUGGCCCAGAUUUCUGACACCACACAGAAGUGUCUUGCGGAUGAACAGGUAGGCAGUGGCUCAGGAAUAAUUUCUUUGAUGUCAUCCAAAUAAUACCACACCUGCUCACCAGCAAAUCUUAUUGAUGGGAUGUAGAAGCGGUUGUCUCCCGCACAGCUCAUUGUAUCAACCUCAUACUAACCACUGGCAAUCUGGAUUAAUGAAGCAAAAAAACAUUUAUCAACUGCGUUUUUCAAAGACAAUUUGAUUAUUACAUGACCAUUACCUCCACAUUACAUGUUGACAAUCUGAAUCCAAUACUUGCACACCUGACUUCCCAUUCUCCACUCAAGUCUUAAACCUACCUGUGUUACUGUGCAAGUAUAGAGGUCUCCAUCAUAGUCCAUGUUGCUACUUUAAUGGUCUCUUCAGAUUCCCUUUGAGUGAAAACAAACUCCUUUGGGGAGAAGCAGUCACCAGAGUGACUACAGAAGCACAAGACCUCUCGAAAUCUAAUAUUUCCUGGUUCAGUAGCAACAACCUGUGGAGACAUUUUGUUUAGUUUUAUCUGCAAAAACAUGAAAAGGUCAGGUCUACAUAACAUUUUUUGUAAUUUUUCACACCCUAGCUCUUGAUUCCGCCCUCUUCUGUUCACUUCCUUUUGCGCUUCAUAUCAAUUAGCAUAAAAAUUUAGCCUAAAAAAUGUAAAGUGUAAUAAAUAAUAACAAACAACAUUACAGUGUAAAUAACCUAUACAUGUAUCUAUUUAUUAUUGGAAAAAUGACACUGUUCAUCACCGUAACCUUAUUUCUCAUUACCGCAACAGGCCUCAGAUUACGAGGUAAUGAAAGUUACGCAUUACGGUAAUGAAUGACAUCCACAUGAGCUAGCUUAAAAUAAAAUAGCAUGUCGUGAUGACUCAGUUAAACUUUUCUCACAAACAGCGUGAACUCCCUAAUAUCUUAUUAAUAACUUUUUAAGAACAUGAGGUAUUAUACAUUACGGUAAUGAUCACCUAUAGUGUAAAAAUAGGCAUAUGGAAGGAGAAGCUUAACAGUUAUCAUGAUCAAAAGAUGUCAAUCUUACCUUGUAGCCAUCUUUUGUCUUCUCUUUGUGGUGCAUCAUGGGUAAGAAUAACUUAAUUUUAAAAAAAAAUGCUGUGAAUAUUACAGGACUUUGAACACGGUAUAGGUAAUGAGAGUUGCACCUCCGGACACUCACUUUUAUUAAAAUAUUCUGAAUUACUUAACAGAAAAUUAUUAUAUAUUAUCAUAUUUUAUUCAUUUAUGUGUAUUUAAACAAAUAUACGAUAUUUUUUUAUAAAUCUGCUUGAUUAUUUAUAAUGAUAAAUUGAGGCGAAAGCAUUUUUUCCCCCUUAGGACACAUUACGGUAAUGAAUUUGUGACUCCAAAAACAGUUAAAAAAAACAUUAAAAGACUUAUUUUAGUAACUAACAAUGAUCUGUGCCAAAUAUUAGAAAUAAUGAUUGUCCAAAUAAAAGUGUAUUAUUUUGAGUUUUUUAUGAGUAUGCCCCUAAAAUCUUCUAAGACAUUCGUUAGGUUGGGUUCGUGAGAAUCACCCAGUGUGUUCUUUGAAGUAGGGAGGAACAAAUUCUCCCUUUUUGUUUCCAAUCAAAAGUGCUGUGAAUUUAUUGUUGAACUCUCUGUACAGACCUCAUGAUGUUGUUGGUACUCACAUUAUAGUAAACCAUAAUCACCAUCUGAAGGAUAGCAUGAAGGCUUAUUUUUAGUUUGUUAGAUGUUUAACUAAUCAGUUUUAUUCUGAACUGGUUCCUGAACUAUCACAAGAUUGUGAAUCUGUUAUCAUUGAAACUUAGGUGUAUUAAACACUAAAAUGUUCCCCACCUUCAACUCCUCCUGCUGUUAUCUCUCCUGUAAAGCAAACAGCUGCACUGUUUUGUUGAGUUAUAUUAUAAAAGAAAUCACAUUCAGAAAAAACCUUCUGAUUCAUUGGCUGCAUCAGCUAAAAGUUAAAACUUCACUUUUUUUUUUCUGUUGCGAGAAACAAAUUAAGGCAUCUUAUUCAAGUGUGUCACAUUUUGAGUUUUAUAAAGUCUAAGUGUUUGGUUCUCAAAUAUUUUCCAAGUGAAACUGUACACAUGCGCUUCCUAGUGUUUUUAAGAGUAAUAUAAAAUUUUUAUACAGAUUUGUAUUUUUCAAUAAGGCUCAGUUGAGGGGUUAUCUGCAGCCUAGUCUUACUCAUUGUAAAAAGAAAAAGAAAAAAUACCGUUGUGUAUUUAUUCUGAAUGAAUAAAAAUUAGGGUUUCAAGAAGUUAAUGCCAAAAUGUGACACCAGAGGUUAGCGAAAUCCAAUGAACCCUUGCAGACAAAAAAAUUAUUAAAAUUACUCGGUGUUUUCAGAACAGGACAGAACAUUUCAAAAUACAGCUAACUUUGUUUUUAGUUGGAGAAAGUCUACACUUUCUUUUGUAGCUUGUGAUCAAUAAGGCUCUUCUUAUGUUUACGGAAGUCUACCCUAUAUUAAAAAGUAAAGCAGGUAAAUUGCAGUCUUAAUUCCAUAAAUACACUAAAUGUAUUUUGAUUUCAGAUGUGAAAUUUCUGUCCAGUUUCUCUGGUGGAAUAUGUGAUGAAAUUAAACUCUUAUAUAAACAGAUUUUUUUUCUUGCUCAAAAUAAUUUCAAGUCAGUUUAGUAAAUUCAUAUAGCUCUAAUUUACAACAGGAACUUUACAAGGCAAAUGUCUUCGGUUUAUUUCCAACGAUCUUGCUAUAUAGGCCGAUUGAGAUUCAGUUACAUGAAGUCCAGUUUAAUUGCAGAAUAUUCGCUUUUUAUCCCAGCUGAUAAAGUUAUCAAAGGACGCCCAGUCGUUUGCAUUGGGUUGUUAGCUUCGUAGAAAUCCCUUUUAACAGUUGGCACAGCUUCAUAAGCUUUUAAACCAUUAUCACAUAAAAUAUAUAUGAAAAAGGUUUAUGUGAUGUCAUUCAAAACAUCAAGAAAACGAGAGAGUAAUUGAUUUAAACAAAAUAAAAAAGCAAUUUGUAAAAUCCUUAUAUAUUAAUACUGUAUAUAUAGUGUCAAUUAACAACCAAUAAUAUAAAAACGUUUUGAGAGCUCUGGUUUGAAUGAUUUUUCCUCUAUGUUUUUUAUAUGGGUUUGAAAAUUAUUUUAACAUUUAAGAACUUUUUGGAGAUAACGUAGAUUAGUUACAAUAUAUCUCCUGUUAGUGCAAUAAAGAGCUUGGUCCGUCUCUGCCACCUAGUGGUAGCAACUAAGUGCCAACUAAAACAAUGACUAAAAAAACAGCUUUUUCAAAUUUAUCAACUUUUAACAACUUUGUCACUCGAAAAUUCCUGCCCAUGCCUACUGUCAGCAACUCUUGAAUUAUGUUUGUGGUUAAAAGAAAGGAAAGUUUCAUUCCUUCCUCAAAAGUGGUCAGAAAAAGUUUGGCAGAUGUUGCAUUUUCAAGGAGGCACCAGGUGUUAAAAGCGAUUUAGUAGACCUGAAACUCAUAUCACUGUUUAAAAGUCUUUCAGUUAUUUUUGCACAAUGUUUUGAUAAUCCUUGGAGAGUUUUUUCUUUUUCUUCGGAGGUGUCCGGCCUAAAAUGUUGACCAUUGGUAAAAGCUAAAGUUAAUCAAACUGCAUACUGUUCGACAGCCAGCAGGUGAAAAUCUCUGCGAUUGUAAUAAUCUAUAAACUUAAGUAGCCAGCGCUGAGUCGGAUAAAUAGAAACACCCACGUUGAGUUUGCUGCUAUGGCCAGCAGGAUUCUGAACAACUUAUUUUAAUUGUUUUAAAAAACAUUUUUAACUAAUUUGUCAUUAGACAGACUUUAAAACUUUCAAGUGUCACCAAAUAUCUUGUUUUUACCUGCAUGACCAACUUUAGUAUGAGAGUUAAAAGGUUUUUGUUGUUCUAAUUAAAUUUGAACUUGAUUAGAACCUAUGUUAGAACCCAGCCUGCAGAAACAGUUCUCACUUUCAUUUUGCUGUUGCUGACAGAUUAGUUCCCUAAAACUAAAACUUAAACUAAAACUCCCUAAAACUUAGCUAGUGUCUAAAGAUAAGGCAUUAUCACAACAAAGAACAAAAUAUUUCUAGAUGAGAUGAUUUAAAAAAAAAAUAAUUAUCUGAUCUCCAUAGAAAAGCUUAUUAGCAGCUAAACUCUCUCAAGGUCUUGUUAUCUCUAAGUAAAUAAAUUAUGUCAAAACAAACAUGGGGUUUUUGUGAAAUUUAGAAUGAAAAUAGUUAUUGCAGAUAAUCAUGUCCACUAUGCUAUCUUGAGAGAACUAGGCCAUUAUGUCCAAAGGCUCCCAGGGUCUUAAUAUCUUGAAAUAAAGAAAGUCUGAACAUUGAUAAUAGAAAUGUUCUGAAGAUUAACAGGAAAUUUGAAACUUGCCUUAAUUUCUGCACAACCAUCCACCCUAAACGACCUCAUUGUUUUUUACUUGAGAAGAUAAUUUCUUCUUUGAAUGAUCUUAUUCCCAGAUACACUCACAGAGAGACAGACUAGAGCUGAACAUAUAAGAAUUAUUGGCUCUAAAGAUAAACUCUGCACUCUUAAUACUGACUAUUACAGUCUGAAUCAUUUCUGUUUAUCCCCGUGUUAAAUUAUUGAGCUACAUCAGCUGACCUAAAGUUUUCGAUCUUCUUUUGAUUCCUUUCUUUGUGUUGUUUUAAUCUAGUCCUAUUGGUCAUUGCUAAAGAUUGGACCUAAUGUAAAUUCCUGCAUAGAACUAUCAGUCACAUACAUUUUUUUUCUGAACCCAGAACAUGUGUUUUUUCUAUCACAAGCAGCAUUAUAAGUUUUCUUUCUUUCUCUUUUGAAAAAAAAAGAAAAACAAAAACAAAACAUUGCAAUAAAAAGCAGCUGAAGUGAUUUUAAAGUAACAUUUCAUAUGAAUGAGGUCAUCCACUUUAAGAGGAUGUAAUUUUUGUAGUUAAGUCACAAAUGAACAAUUUAGAUGAACUUGCUUUUGAUUAAAUAAGAAAAAAGACUGAGCACAUAAAGUUCAAAGAAAUGCUGAAAUUAGUUCAUUUUUCCAGAAAGUGCACAGUUUUUACAUUUCUAUGUUUAUGUGAUUUUGUGUAAAUGCUUACUUUUCAUUUCAACACUGUUAGCUGAAAAUUGCUAUUUUCUUUUGGAGUUAAUCAUCGUGAUGAUUAACUCUCUGAUUCCUCUACCUUUCACUUUCUAGAUAAAAAAAAAAGAGUUGUUGAUGCCUCUGGAGCACUCAAACACAACUUUGUUUCAUUUUGUGAUUUUUAAAUGUGGUUUUAAAUAAAAAAGACUUGUUUGACUAA